AUGGUGUCCGAGACGAAGCGACAAAAGAAGUGGUACCAAAUCCAGUGGUAUGCGGACGUAGACACGCCUCAGGAUCGCAAGCUCAUCAACAAGCUCGAUCUUUUGAUUGUUCCCUACGCCGUCCUCUCCUACUGGGUCAAAUAUCUGGACCAGUCCAAUCUCAACAAUGCCUAUGUCGCGGGGCUGAAGGAGGAUCUUGGAUUCCAAGGCAAUGAGUUGGUGCAGCUACAGACGUUCUACAUCAUCGGCGCCGUAACGGGCCAGAUCCCCUUUAUGUUUCUCUUCACCUAUCUUCCCAUGCACUGGACGAUUCCAUUCCUUGACAUCGCCUGGGGUAUCUUUACUCUGCUGCAGUACAGAGUAAACAGCUACGCCGAGUUGGCCGCUUACCGAUUCCUGGUCGGUUGGUUCGAGGCUGCAUUUUUCCCAGCGAUGCAUUAUGUCUUUGGAUCUUGGUAUCGCGGCGACGAGAUUGCCCGCCGAGGUGGCAUCUUCUACGUCGGCCUCUCUCUCGGCACGCUCACCUCGGGCCUCAUCCAGGCCGGCGCAUCUGCUCGCCUCGACGGAGUCCACGGCCUCGCAGGCUGGCGAUGGAUGUACAUCAUCUGCGCCAUCAUCACCAUCCCCAUCGGCAUCCUCGGCUACUUCGUCAUCCCCGGCACCCCCGAGCACCCCAACCGCCUCGUCCUGCGCCAGGAAGACAUCGACCGCGCGUCGGAACGGCUGAAGCGAUCCGGCCACGUCUCGUACGGAAAGUUCAAGUUCCCCAAUCUCUGGUCCAUCGUCAAGAAGCCGCAGUUCUGGGCCAUCAUCCUCGUGGACGUUCUGUUCUGGAACGCCGGCGUGCACACCAGCGCCGGCACGUUUCUCCUCUGGAUCAAGAGCCUGAAGAGAUUCUCCCCGGCCCGCGUCAACGAGCUCGGCACUAUCGCGCCGGCCCUCGGCAUCUUUUACACCCUCUUCAUCUGCUUCGCGUCCGACCUCGUCCUUGGACCGGCGUGGGCCAUUACGCUCGCCCACGCCUGGAACAUUGUCGGCCUCAUCAUUCUCACGAUUUGGAAAGUGCCCGAAGCCGCGCUCUGGUUCGCCUUCUCGACCAUCUAUGCGUCCUCCGCGCCUCCUCCGGAGAGAGCGUUCACGCUCGUGCUCAUCAACGCCAUUUCGCAAUCCAGUACCGCCUGGACGCCCUUGCUCGUAUUCCGAACGGUGGAGGCGCCGAGGUUCCCCAAGGGGUUCCCAUUUGCGCUGGCAUGCGCGAUUCUCUUGAUCAUUGCCACUCACGCGCUUCGGCUCUACAUCCGGCACAGAGAUCCCGGUGUCGAGUUUACUACGGGAGUGCCUGAAGAGGAGUCAGAUUCUGCCGAGCGAGCUGACGGUGGCGAGACGGCUCAGCCCAAAUCACAGAGGGACAAGAAGGUGGACGAUUCAAGCGAAUAA